AUGCGCAUCGAUUGGCGACUGCUGGCCGCUCUCUGUGUCGCAGGUGCCGUACGGCCGAGCAGCGAGAAUUCGGUCGGGGCGGGCAGCCUGGCCCUCACGAGGGCCGAGCCCCAGGCGCCCGAGGCGCCCGAGGCGUCGGGGCCGCAAGCGGGCCAAUGGCAGGAAAGGAAGAAAGAGCUCAAGUUGGUGGCUCGCUUCUGGGCAGUGCUUGCUGCCCUUGCGGCGGGAGGCUAUGGGGUCUUCUUCCUGCUGAAGAGGGAUGAGCGCUCCAUGGACGCGAGCAAGCUGUUGAAGAUGGUUGCCCUGAAGCUCUACAAGGACAAGGUCUUCACACAGACGUCGUGGACUGCUUGCCUGUUUGGCCUCGCUGAUCUGCUCGCACAGCGUGUGCCAUCCUACCACGAGAAGUCCAAUCUGCAAGAUGGGUUCAAGAUCGGUGGCUGGGACUGGCGGUACACGCUUGCCAUCGUGUCCUGCGCAUGCCUCUUCCAGGUGGCAAUCCUCGGCCGCUUCUACGAGCACUGUGAUCUGCGCUUCGGGACUGCCACAACGUGGCAAGCUGCCUUGCUUAAGGCCCUGAAGAUGCAGGCAGCCUUCACCUUCGGAUACUUGCCCCUCGGGGUCCUCCUUUAUGCCUUGUCCAUCUGUUUCGUGUUCCGGAGCUUUGCGGACUCGACUGACAACUGCGGUCCCUCCGCAGUGGCCGGGCUUCCCUGGAACCUGGGGAGCAGCAUCGGCCAGGCCGUGGAGUUGUGGCCAGGAGACUAUCUGCAUUCCGCGGUGUUCUGGCCGCCAAGCCAGGCAGUGAACUACGUGCUGAUUCAUCGCUGGUCCCCAAACUUUCGUCCGAUCUUUGACGGUGUGAUUGUGCUGUUCUGGAACAUCUUCGUUCUGGCGGGUGGGGCGGAGCGAGAGGCCGUCGGCCCAACGCUCUUCGGCCCUGCGCCGGGGCCCACAGACAAGGUGCCUCCUUCGGUCGACUGCUCCAAGCACUCCUUCGGCGAGAUGGGGCGAUGGCUGGGCCAGAAACUCUGUGAGUUGGCCGAAGCAACCAAGCAAGGCCUGAUCCGCUGCUGGGAGAACAUCAGUUGGGCCUUGCAAAACGGCUGGAAAUG